AUGCUACAGGACCCUAACUACUAUGGGAGUAUUAAUGCAAAUCACGAGACAAAAACUUUAGCAAAGAUAAAACAACUUGUCAGUGGGCCAUCCUCGGGAGAUAUAACUGCUAAGGAGAAAGACUAUCUCACAAACUUUGAAACAAAAGAGAGUCAAUUUUACGGAUUACCAAAAGUACACAAGUCAUCAGAAAUCAAAAACGCCAUACAGGCUCAGAGAGGAGAAUAUAUUUGCUGUCUAAAUCCCGAAGAUCUCUCUUUUCGGCCAAUCGUAGGGGGGCCUAAUUGUUCAACUCAAAGACUGAGUCACUUGUUAGACAUUUUAUUAAAGCCUUAUUGUGAAAAGGUUCCUAGUUUUAUAAGAGAUGAUAUAGAUUUUAUCAACCACCUACCAGAACAUAUUCAACCUAAUACGAAACUCGUGUCAUUCGACGUCGUGAAUUUAUACACAAAUAUACCCGUGGACUUGGGUAUAAAAGCGGUUAAAUACUGGAUUGAUAGAUACCCAAACUUACUACAGGAUCGUUUUGAGCAAGAAUUCAUCUUAGAAGGAUUAAGAAUUAUACUUCAAAACAAUACAUUUGCCUUCGGAAUAGAGCAUUUUAUUCAAACCAAAGGAACAGCGAUGGGAACAAAAGUGGCUCCCACGUACGCCACCUUAACUUUGGGAUACCUCGAGCAAAAACUCCAUCAACGACUUGUCACUCUAUGGGGAGAAGAGGACGCUGAAGCUAUAACAUCAAAGUGGAAACGAUUUUUAGAUGACUGCUUCAUUCGGUGGAAUGACAACAUUGAGAGAUUAUCAAUUUUCCACCAAUUAUUAAACGACUUAGAUUCCAACAUUAAAUUUACCAUGGAAAGCAGCGAUAUGGAAUUACCUUUCCUUGACGUUCUUGUCAUUAAAGAAGAUACCAAACUUUCAACGGAUAUUUUCUACAAAUCAACUGACACCCACCAGUAUUUACAUUUUGGAUCCUGUCACCCUCAUCACACAAAAACAGCAAUUCCAUACAAUCUGGCUAGACGUUUAUGUGCUAUCGUUAGUGACGAAAACACCAGAGAUAUCCGACUGAAAGAACUCAAGUUAUACCUUUUAAAACAGGGAUAUCCUCAAAACCUGAUAGAUAACGGGAUAUUGAAAGCCAAAGGAUAUGAACGGUCAGAAUUACUGUCUACAAAUACCCAGGAAAAUAAAACGGAUAUAAUUCCGUUUGUGCAUACCCACAAUCCAAGGAAUCAUAAUUUGACCUCCGUAGUACACCAACUUAACAACGUUCUGAAAACGGACCGGUCAACACAACAAAUAUAUAGAGAUGUAAAAUUUAUUAACAGCAGAAGACAGCCCAAAAAUCUUAGAAGAAUUCUGUGUUCGUCCCAUUUUAAGAAUAGUUACAAAGUGACUAAGUGUGAAGACGCGCGUUGCGGGACGUGUACACAUAUAAUGGAAGGAUCAACUUAUGACUUUAAUGGAAGACAAUUCACAGUCAAUGCAAACAUGUCUUGUGCCACUAAAAAUGUAAUAUAUGUAAUAACGUGUGCUGGAUGCCAAGAAUUUUAUAUCGGGGAAACAAGCAAUCAAUUGCGUGCCCGGGUACGUGUCCACCGACAACAUAUUAACUCUCCGGAAUAUCGGCAAAUCCCUCUGAGUGAACAUUUGGAUACUUGUGGAAAUAAACAAUUCACUAUAUUUCCUUUUUACAAACUUUCAAGUGAAAGUGAUAUUCAGAGACGUGAGAAAGAAAAACAUUUUAUACAUGUGUUCAAACCUAGACUGAACAAUUGA